AUGUCGGAGGGGCCGUCCGAUUUGUCUAGUUCGCAUCUAGAGCCACCCAGCAGAACUACGGAAAUGCAAGAUCCAGGAGCUGGCGACCACAUAGCUUCUGAAAGUGAAGAUGAACACUUCUCAGAUGCCAGCGAAGGCAAUCCCGAACUCCUCCCACAAUCUGGUCGCAAUUCCCCUAUCCCACGAACGCGAGUCGAGAGGGUUGACAGCAGCACCCAACAUGGAGAGAUUCCUGGCACAGCAGCAUUCGAAAAGAGAGAGCAGGAUGCAGUUCCUGAUGAGGUUGAGGUUAUCCCAGAAGGCUCGGACAGCCAGAUGCCUUCGCCUGCAGACGACCAAAGCUUGAGCCCAGAAGGCUUACCGUUUCCACGCACAGUGGUUGAGAAGGUGGACCCAGAUGAACCUAGCCAUGGCGAAGUCCCCGGAACAUUGGCCCAUGAACAACGUCUUGCCGAUGCUGUGCCCGACGUGGUGACCAAGGCUUCAGAUUCCGAGAGCAGCCCAACGCCACCAGCAUCCGACCCUACACUUCCUGAGACCGAUGGAUCUUCAAUAGAAAUUCCCGAGACACGGCUCGAGCGGGUGGACACAGCUCCCGCUGACGAAGACCUGCCGCCACACCCACAAGCUCAUAAAAGCUCAGCAAGUGACGCAUUACCCGAUACGGUAGAAACCGUCCCGGAUGUCUCAAUACAUGAUACAGACCUGGAAACCAAAGACCCCUCAUUAGAGGAUGACAUGAACGAUGACCACGGAUAUGAAAAGCAAGAAGCGGGUGAUGAUUUUGAUGAAUUUGUAGAAGAGCAGGAAGACAUGGGAGAUGAUGAUUUUGGGGAUUUUGAUGACGGCUUCCAGGAGCCCAGUGCAGAGGAAGCCCCCAUAGACGAUACCGCGGCAUCUCAGCAAUCUCGAGCACCCCCACCUCUUAUUGACUUCGACACAUACACAUCCACCUCCGCACUCCUCGAUUCCCUCAAAGACACCCUCGACAUUCUCUUCCCCGAAACCCAAGACAUAAGCUCUCUCCCCCCUGUCGAGCCAAUCCCCGACUCCGCAGCAAUCUUCAGCACCGAGCGAUCCCUCUCACUGUGGUCCCAGCUCGUGGCACCACCACCCCUCCAGCCUCAGAACUGGGUAAAAUCCCGCAUUCGCCGACUAUUCCUCGUAUCCUUGGGCGUGCCCGUUGAUCUGGAUGAGAUUCUCCCAGCCUCCAAACAGAAAAAGCUCGUUCUUCCUUCUAUUGACCUUGAAGGCACCGGCGCAAAGAGCCCCGGCGCUCGUUCCGCUAGUCAAGUCCGCAAAGAAGAAGGUAACGACAACACCGGCGAAAAGGGGCAAGCCCCCUCCCGCCAGAAGGCUACUUCUCGCCGCGGCGCACCACCGGCACCGGAGAUAGACCUCUCGGCGGUCCGCCGGCUGUGCGCCACUACCGAUGCUGCACUGAGUGGUCUCACAGAUUCAGAGUUGAGGCUGCAUGUCCAUGAACUGGAGCAUGUUGCUCAGCGCGCUAGUUCGGUAUUGGAGUACUGGCUGAAGCGGCGGGAUGGCUUGGUCGGCGAAAAAGAGGCUUUCGAAGGAGUCAUUGAGAACCUCGUUAGUCAUGUUAGGAGGGUCAGAAAGUAG